AUGGACUCUCCCAAGAUUUCAGUGCACAUAUCAAUCGCAGCAGGAAAGCUGUACUUCCUGUCAGAGGGCCCAGAGUCAUACCACUACCUGAGUCAGUCUGGCUGUGUGAAGGACAGCAGUCUUGAUGACCUGAAGCUAUAUGACAGUUUUAUGGAGGCUCUAAUGGUGAUGCAGUUCAGUGAGGAGGAGAUACGUGACGUCUUCAAGCUGCUGUCUGCUGUUCUCCUGAUGGGGAACAUAGAGUUCAUGACGGCUGGAGGAGCACAGAUCACCUCUAAAGGAGUGGUCAGUAAUGUCAGUGAUCUGCUGGGCCUGGACGCGUUCCAGCUGUCUGAGGUUCUGACCCAGAGGUCCAUGAUCCUGAGAGGAGAGGAGAUCUGUUCACCCCUCACUGUGGAACAGGCGGUGUGCUCUCGGGACUCGGUUGCCAUGGCGUUGUACGCCCAGUCUUUCUCCUGGAUCAUCACACGGAUCAACCAGAAGGUCAGAGGGAAGGACAACUUCAAGUCCAUCGGUAUCCUCGACAUCUUCGGUUUCGAGAAUUUUGAGGUAAACAGGUUUGAACAGUUCAACAUCAACUACGCCAAUGAGAAGCUCCAGGAAUACUUCAACAAACACAUCUUCUCCCUGGAACAGCUGGACUACAACAGAGAGGGGAUCCAGUGGGAAGCCAUAGACUGGAUGGAUAAUGCAGAGUGUCUGGACCUCAUAGAGAAGAAACUGGGCAUGUUGGCUCUGAUCAACGAGGAGAGUCGCUUCCCAAAAGGCACCGACUACACCCUGCUUGAGAAACUACACAGUAGACACGCUACUAACCAGUACUACAUGAAGCCCAGAGUGACGGAUCACCAGUUUGGCAUCAAGCACUAUGCUGGAGAGGUUCUGUAUGACGUCAGAGGGGUCCUACAGAAGAACCGAGACACCUUCAGAGAUGACGUCUUAAACAUGCUCAAGGACAGCAGGCUUGACUUCAUCUAUGACCUGUUUGAGCGUGUCGGGAGCAGGAACGGAGAGGAGACCCUGAAGAUGGGGACGGCCAGACGCAAACCCACUGUCAGCUCUCAGUUCAGGGACUCUCUCCAUUCCUUGAUGAACACUCUGAGUGCCUCCAACCCUUUCUUUGUGCGCUGCAUCAAACCCAACAUGGACAAGAACGCCAACAUGUUUGACCCAGAAGUGGUCCUGAACCAGCUGAGGUAUUCUGGGAUGUUGGAGACCGUGAAGAUCCGCAGGGCUGGGUUCCCUGUCCGCAGGACCUUCACAGACUUCUACAGCAGGUACAAGAUGAUCCUGAAAGACAAGCAUCCAACAGACGACCAGAGAGGGAGGUGCACAGAGCUGCUGAUUUCAUACGACCCCGCCAAGAUAGACUGGCAGCUGGGGAAGACUAAGGUGUUCCUGAAGGAAGAGCUGGAACACCGGCUGGAGAAGGAGAGGGAAGAGGUGCGGAGACAGGCGGGCAUGGUGAUCCGGGCGCACAUACUCAGCUAUGUGGCAAGGAAGCGCUAUAAGAGGGUGCUGGCCAGCACAGUCACUAUCCAGAAGAACUACAGAGCUCACUUCUGUAGACGUGUGUUCCUUCGUCUCCGCACCGCAGCUGUCAUUCUACAGAAACAUCAGCGUGGUCGGCUGGCCCGAGGCCUCUAUCGACACCUCUCUGAGGAGAAGAGGAGGAUAGAGGAGGAGAGGCGGCAAGUAGAGGGGGAGAGGAGGAGGCUGGAGGAAGAGGAGUUGAGGAGGAAGGAGGAGGAGAGACGGCAAGUAGAGGGGGAGAGGAGGAGGCUGGAGGAAGAGUUGAGGAGGAAGGAGGAGGAGAGACUGCAAGUAGAGGGGGAGAGGCUGGAGGAAGAGAAGAGACGAGAGGAGGAGAAGUUGAGGAGGAAGGAGGAGGAGAGACGGAGGGUGUUGGAGCUGGAGGAGGUGAUGAGGAAGGAGGAGAGACAGAAGGUGUUGGAGCUGGAGGAGGUUAGGAGGAUGGAGGAGGAGAGACUGAGACAACAAAAGGAGCAGGAAGCAGCGAAGAGAAAGGAGGAGGAGCUUUGCAACGGACAGCAAGUAGAAGACGCGGCGAAAGCUUCAGCCAACAACAGGAACUCCCUGGAGAUGGGAUCUCCUGGUCCCCAUAAAGAGGUGUCCCUGUCCUACUCCCUGCCCCACCACACCUCUGAGGAGGAGUCCUGUCAGAUGGAGGACAUCCUUCGGCUGGAGAAGGAGAUUGAGAGGCUGCAGCGCCAGAGGGAGGACGGGGUGUCCAUGUUAGGGGACGGCCUUGGAGGGAGCAGGGAGGAGCUCCGGCAGAGGAGGGACGCAGAGAUCUACCGGCUGGAGAAGGAGGCGUCUCGCGUGGCUACAGAGUUCCUGGAGCUCCUGGACUUUGGGGGUCUGGAACAGAGUCUGUCCAGCGAGGAGAACCUCCACAACCCCUCAAAGAGCACCGCUCCCCGGGCCGAGGAGGACGAGGGCUUCCAUGCUGAGGAGGAGUCUCCCGGUAGCGGUAUCCUCCUGCCUGACUUCCCUCUCCCCGUGGAGGUUCCUCUGGACCAGGAGGUCUUCUCCUCCCUCCCUCCUUCUCCUCCUGCCUUCGCUGAGAGUCUGGUAGCACAUGCCCUGGCUCUCUCUCAGGCCCCGUGUUGUCCCCCUGUUUACUACCCCCUCACCUCUAUUGUCCCUACACACCACCCGGCUCCUCCUCUCCCUGGCCUCACCAACGGAGGUGGGAAGGCUCUCUGUCACCAACCCACCAGGAGAAUAGAGGCUCCAGAGACCAACAGUGUGCCCAGAAGAGUGGACGUAGCACCCGACAGACCCUGUGCCAGGGUAGAUGCUAUGCCAACCAGAAUAGAGGCGGUACCCUCCAGAUUCCCAGAGGCUGUGGCAGACAGGAGAGCAGAGCUAGUGCCCACUGUGCCUGUCCCAGGGGCCAGGGAGGUCAGAGAGGAGGUCUCAUUCAGCGUCCUACCAGACACAGAGUCAUACUGUGACCAGGAGGAGUUUGAGGAGGUGCAGGGGAGUACAGGCUCGGGAGACGGAGCCAGUAUCACGGACGGACAUGCAACUGACGAGGAGGUGCUGAGGAAAUCAUCCUGUACUCAGAACAGCCUGGACUCCUUCAGAGGCAGCUCAGACUCUUUUAUAGACAGUGACACAAGCAACGAUGGCUACGUGGACACAGACGAGGAGGUGUCCAAUGGGAGGGUGAAUCUACUGAACGGCUCUGGGCCUCCAUACUUCCACAGCUACCUCUACAUGAAGGGUGGACUGAUGAUCCCGUGGCGACGGAGGUGGUGUGUGUUGAAGGACGACACCUUCAUGUGGUUCAGGGCUAAGCAGGACAGUCUGAAGAGUGGCUGGCUGUAUAAGAAGGGAGGUGGCAUGUCCACUCUGUCCAGACGGAACUGGAAGCUGCGCUGGUUCGUACUGAGAGACGAUAAACUCAUGUACUUUGAGAGCGACAGCGAGGAGAAACUGAAGGGGACCGUGGACAUCCGCUCCGCCAUGGACAUAGUGGAUAACCAUGCCAAAGAGAAUGCUUUGAACAUCGUGACUGAAGAGAGGACCUACCACAUUUAUGCAGAGACUCCUGAAGAUGCCAGGUAUGUUCAGACUCUAGCCCUCUUCUGUCCAGAGUCUAGCCCUCUUCUGUCCAGAGUCUAG